CGAGUGGGCGGUGUAACGACAUAGUUCGCCGACAGUGUUCAAUGGAUCCUCGGUUCGAGGCGGUGCGAGAGCUCGGGCGGGGCAGCCAUGGCGACGCGGUCUUAAUGCGCCACUGCAUCUCGGGUGCUUUCGUCGUGGCCAAGACGAUUCAUACUUCGCUUUCGUCAUGCGCGGCCGAAGUUGAUGUCAUGCGCCGGCUUCAGCACCCGAAUAUUGUCAGUUUGAUCGAGUCGACGGCAAGCAAAGACAGUGGGGACCCCGUCCUCUUACUAGAGUACGCAGACGGCGGCGACCUGUACGCGUUCGUUUGCCAACACCGCGCCACGGGGCGGCUACCCGAAGCCCACGUCGUGCGCAUUUUGAUUCAGCUUUGCUUGGCGCUGCAGUACUUGCACGAACGCAACAUCGUGCAUCGCGAUAUCAAACCCCACAACAUCUUUUUGACGGCCAGUGGCGUCGUCAAGCUCGGCGACUUUGGAAUUGCAAAAGCACUCUCGCACACGCUCGACUUGGCGAUGACCCAAGUGGGCACACCUCUCUACUUAUCCCCCGAGAUUUGCGACGGCAGCGAGUACAACACCAAAAGCGACUUGUGGGGCCUCGGGUGUGUUCUCCACGAGCUCCUCACGUUCGCGCCUCCGUUUACAGGGCGUAGCUGGCCGAUCAUCGUGCAAAAGAUCGUGACGGCGACACCGAGUCCGAUCAUUGAUGGACAGUAUUACUCGCCCGAAAUCAUUGCACUCGCGUCCCAGCUACUUGCCAAGACACCUCAUGAACGCCCGAGUGCGACCGAAAUUCUAGCCACGCCCUUCAUCCAACGCCACAUCAUGCACCUUGCGAGUGUCGCGACGUGGGAUGCGCUGCCCAAGCUCCACGUAGACCCAUCACCCCGUCGUCCAACGACGUUGGCCGCGGUCCUCGACGCCCACGGCGGUGUGUCCAUUUUGCAAUCUGAAAGGCGCAAUGUAUCGCCCAAGCGACGCGCAGCACCCAACACACUUGAAGAUGCGGCCCGUCGACAGUUUCAUGAGAACCAGCGAGCGGCACGCGCAUACAAAGAGCGCAUGGACGAGCUUCAGAAGGGCCCGGCAGCCGCCGAAGACGACCUCUCUGCAAACGAAAGCUACCACAAGCCCACGGCUGCGCAAGACGACAGCGCGCAUGGUGACUAUGAAGAUUUACUGGCUCAAGAACGACGCCGCGUCUUUCUCGAACGAAAGGCGCUGCAAGAUCGCAUGCAGGCGCUCCAAGCGACGAGCCACCUCACGCUAUCCUAACCUCAAAUCUUCGCUGCGCUUCGCGCCGCCACGUUGAAGUUGCGUGUUUUUAGUAGAAGACGCAAGCCUUUUUCGCGGCCAGACCAUGCGUUUUAGAGAAAACAGCCUAUUGUCAAGUGCCUAACGAGAUAUACCUCGC